UAGUCAAUUUUGAUAGUUUGUUACGUCAUAAUACUCUCGUAUGACGCAGUAGUUAAACUGGGUGAUGCAGUUUUAGUCAAGGCCAAAUUAGAUUGCUGUAGAAUGUGACUGAACGUAGUUUCCAAAUAAAUAUAGUCUAUAAGUUAGUUAAAUAGGCGUUUUUGUACAAUGUUAACUGGUAUAGUCCUUCCACCAAAUACGCUGAGCCAAGAAGAAAGACGCAAUGUCAUCCUACGUCUUCGAUACGGUCACGGUCCAGCUCCUGCCCUAAUAAAGGACCAAUCAGCGAAGAAGUUGUUUGUAGUUGGCCAAUCAGUGGUUACCAAGUUACGUCAUCCAGUGAUAUCGCAAGUGCAUGACAUUUUAAAGACUCGAGUGCGCCGCGUAACGGAAGAAAAUAUACGGAGAAGUUGCGGAAUUGCUUCAAGAUCAAAAAGCGAAGAUAAUAUGAGCUCCCGACUCAGUUUAAAUUCUGUUCCCGGAGCAAAAACUCUUAAAGCUCCUCCGUCAACUCCAAGAGAGAUGCAGCCGGUUCCUGGAACUUAUGAAAAGUCUCUCUUCCACGAGAGCGGAGACGUCUCUGGAGCAUCAAGGAAGAAAGAACCCGCAAGCUCCUCAUCUAGAGGGGAUUUUAACCCGACUCCUUGCGCUCAUGGUCACAGGAGGAAGUCCGACUCUCCUCCGGAUCGAAUUAAAGUCCGAAAGAGCAAUUUAAAUUUAAGGAAAAAGAACACCUCGAAAGUUUGCCCAGUACCAUUAGAAAACGGUCCUGCUGUGACGGUAACGAAGCCAGCAAGACGUGUGGUAGGUGGCGCUGUGGAGUCGGAAGUUAUAAAACGACGACCGAGUACAAAUUCUCAGGACGGAAAACACGAAAAGCGUUCAAAUAUAAAGCGUUCCGGUCCGCCGCGCAAGAACAAACCACGUGACAGUAUGACGUCAUCGGUGCCAAUGUCAGCUUCCCAAACAAAAGCGACAGCUCUCAAAAAGUCGGUGACAAGUCGCAACCAAAUUAACAACGAUUCGACUAAGCGAAUACAGGGCAAGCCGGAAGCAAAGAAACCCCAAGAAUCUACUAAACCAAGCAAAGAAGAUUUACAAGAUCUUGAAAAAUCGACCAUUCGACAUUUUAAAGAAAUGCCAAAAAGUCGACCGAAACGAGUGUGCUUCGAUUACCCGGGCAUAGAUAUCACACACGUGGACGUAAAGAGAGCAAUCGAAAAAGUGAUUCCCGAUUCCUUUGAAAGCAACAAAGUUACUUUCGUACAGUUUGAAAAUAUCAACGUUAAACUGGGAACAAAUGGUCUAAACAACAGGUGGCAUAUAGAACUGGCGGACUUUACCACAAGAAAUAAAUUGAUUAAAUCUGGUUUGGAAUUACGAUGUGCACGAAGGCCCAACGACGAUUUGUCAACACUAACUCAGUUACCUAGCAAUCGGUCACGUAGUCACAUGCAAUCAAGCGUGAAGAAAUCGGUCGAAGUGAAACUUUAUGAUAACGUUACUAUGGAAGAAUACAAACAAUUUCUACGUCGAACAGCAGCCGAGGAAAAACUCCAAAGCGUCAUUCUGCUUUGUGCAGGCCGUGGUCAGACUCUUCUAAGCAAUAUGUUAUGAUAGGGGUUCAAAACCCACCGAGACCGUUUUUCGGGAAGUAAAAUGACAUAUACCGUAUAUCGAUUUUUAAACUGUCGUUGUCGUUUUACUGCUACGUUUUGUGAGAAAUUGUGAUAAAAAUAUCUGGAUAUUGUUUUUAUUAAAAAUCUGCCAAAUGUUGAAA